AUGAAUGAGCAAUUGUGCGUAUGCGAUAACAUUGGUCACUGGAAUGAGGCAAAUUGCCAUAGAAUUAGCCGCCGAUACAAGUGCCAAUCAGGUCAAAUUAUAUGGAAAGAUUGUAACCAAUGCAUCUGUCAAGAAGACGGCCAGUUAUCGUGCACGGUCUCCACUUGUCUUGAUGACGCAACUACCGCUAAAAGUGUAUCUUUGAUUCUUCGCGAAAAGUUGUCAACUGUUAGCCCUUGGUGUACUCCAUUCAAAUCAUAUUACAUCAACUGUAGUAUAUGCGUCUGUCCCGCAUCAGGCUGGACUUCUGAAGCCACUUGUGCUCUAGACUCAUCUUGCCAAAAAUUGCCAUCUGAUUUUAUCACUGAUAAGAGGUUAUGCAUACCUAAUGUAAUGUACUUGUUUCCUUGUUUUCACUGUUUAUGUUCGGAAGACAGAUAUUUUGUACCUGAUAAGUGUGUAGAAACUUGUGCAUUACAAAUUGAAUCACCUAGGAGAUGUCUCUCAAGAACUUUUUAUAGAAAGAACUGUAACGUCUGCUGGUGUCCUGAUGACAGUAUACCUGAUGAGAAACAUUGCACUAAUGUUGUUUGUAAUAAAGAAUCGAAAUUUAAAUUUCUAGAUAACCUCAGAAAGGGAUCGACCAAGUGUGUACCACAUACUUUCACGAAACCAAAAUGCUACUACUGUGAUUGUAACGCUAACGGAAACAUCAAUGAAAAUGCGUGUCUCGAAUUAGAUUGUUUGAAAAGCAACAAAUUCAAAUAUGAUGUAACAAAAACAACAUGUAGUCCUGGAGAAAUGGUACCUAUUUGUAUAGAAUGCUUUUGUUUAAGAAACGGACAAACAAGCAAUAAAUACUGCUCUAGAAUGUGCUCAUAUAUUAGUAAACUGAACGUGUUACAAAAAGUUUUAAAAGAUAAUGCAAAAAAUAACAGCCUGAUUGAUAGAGAUGCUAUUAAAAAUACUAUAGUUAAUGAUAUUUGUGAAACAAACACAGUGUAUUUAGAUCAAGGUAGAUAUUGUAUAUGUCCAAAAAGCGGUAACACUCAUUUCAAACUUUGCACAUCUAUGACCGAAGACAAAGUAUAUAGAACCAGAUCAGCUAUGAUAAAGAGCUAUAACAUUAUAAACGAACAAUACAAUCAAACUUGUGACCCUAACACAUUUGUUGAUAUUGACUGUAAUACCUGCUACUGUUCAAAGAACGGAACUAUUGAUCUUAAAUGGUGUACCUACGAUGAUUGCGAUGCUAAAAGAACUGUCCAAAAUAAUAUUAAAAAAUCUUUACCACCAAUAACUGUUUCAGAAGUUAGUGAUACAUGCACUCCUGGAUCUAUAUCUAAAAUCGAUUGCAAUUUUUGUAUAUGUCCUGAUACAGGUAGUUUUAAUGACAGAGUAUGUACAAAAAACGCUUGCAAAGAUUUAGAUGAGUCAGCAAACAACGAUUUCUUAAUCUGUGAUCCAUUGCAGUACUAUAUUGUAGAUUGUAAUACAUGUAUAUGUCCUCAAGAUGGUUUUAAAAACGUAGCUCGAUGUACAAAAAAUGUUUGUGAAAAGAAUUUUCUCAGAUCAGAAAAUUGUGUUUCUGGUCAACUUUUCAGUGACGACUGUAAUGUCUGCGUUUGUCCGCCCAAUGGUAAUAAGGCUGAUAGAGUAUGUACUAAUUAUACAUGCUCUGAUGCAGGUACUCCUUGGAAGGAGAUAUUUACGCUAUCCAAAAGUUUGUUGAGUAUACAUGAUUUUGAUUAUAGCACAAGAAAACUAGAUAUGUGCUUUCCCGGUGAAGAAUUCGUGGUUGAUUGCAAAGUUUGCGUUUGCCCAGAUAUGGGUCUAAGAGUUUAUGCUUCUUGCACUCAACUUUUAUGUAACGAUACUUCCAAUAUUGACAAAAAAUAUAAUCAAGAACCUUUAAGUGGCUCUACAAACAUUGAGGAAUCUCACCCCCGAACUAGAAGAGAAGACCAAGGUUGCACGUCUUUUAACCUGACAGAUAGUUCAGAGAGAAAGGAAUGCACUCCUGGGUCCAUGUACAUCAUCAGAUGCCGGCAAUGCAUUUGUCCCUAUAUGGGUAAUAUCAAUCACUUCUGUCGUCCGCUACCAGAAGGUACUUAUUGCGAGCAAGCGUUCCCGAAUUACAACUAUUUACCCAUGGGCAGAAGACGUCAAGAUAACUCGACAAGUUUCAAUACUGCUGAUACGACAGAAAUCAUUCCAACGAACCACAAUCACACAGAGUAUAAAUGCGCAAAACCUGGUAGGAUCAUAGAUAAGUGUUUCAUUUGUGAAUGUGAUGACCACAAUGUUAUUAUUGAAGAACAUUGCUUCAAAAGUAAUGCAAAAUCGUGUCUAGCUGCUGAAAAACCUACAUUUUUAAAAGACAAUAAACUUAUUGUAAUGUGAAUGUAUCUUUUUGUUUAGUGACUAAGUAAGAAUGUAGUC